AUGAGUACUUAUCUGUCAUGGUGGAGUGUGGUGUUACUUAAGAUCAUCCAAAAUGCAGCUUCCACAGAGGAACCUUCUCAGGGCUUCAGAUAUGCCUUUUACGACGUGAUCAUCCCAAGGAAGCUGUCUCCCAGGUAUGGGCAAGAAGAACCCCAGGAUGUGAGCUACCUCCUGCCCAUUGAAGGAAAUCCCCAAGUGGUAUUCCUCAGGCAAAGAAGGAACUUCAUCCCUAGGGUCUUUCCUGUCUUCACCUAUGAUACAGCAGGAGAUCUCCAGGUGGACAAUCCUUUUAUCAAGGAUGAUUGUUUCUACCAUGGAUUUAUUCAGAGCAAGUCCCCUUCUCGGGUCACCCUCAGUACAUGUUCAGGAGGCCUGAGAGGUAUUAAGGUAGCAAUUGUGAUUGAUCAUGAACGAUAUUUGAAGUUUCAAAGCAAUGAAUCUUUUAUUAUGAUGCAAGUUUUGGAUAUUAUUCACAAUGCAAAUUCAUUUUAUGAUCCACUUUCUGUUCAUCUGUCAAUAACAGGCUUAGUUAUCUGGUCACAAAAGAAUCUCAUAGACAUUACCAACAUAGCAGAUGACACACUUUUAUCAUUUAAUGAAUGGAGAACAAACCAUUUACUUGAUAUUUUAAAGAAUGAUGUUGCUCACUUAUUUGCUUAUAAAGAUUUUGGGUUAACAGUAGGACUUGCAUACAUUGGUACUAUAUGUAACAAAUACGGGGCAAGUGCUAUUGAAUCCUAUAGAACCCCCAGUUUGUUUUAUAUGUCUGUCAUAUUUACUCAUGAACUGGGACAUGUUCUUGGAAUGCAGCAUGAUGAGCCAUUUUGUCAUUGUGAAAAGAGUGAAUGCAUUAUGGCACCAUUUGCAGCAGAGACUGAUAAAUUUAGUAACUGCAGUUUCAAGGAUUAUUUCCAUUAUAGAAACACUGAAUGUUUAUUUGUCCCACCAGACACUAACAAAUUUAAGUUUGAAUCCUGUGGUAACAAAAGAGUGGAAAAGGGAGAGCAGUGUGACUGUGGGUCAGAAAUACAAUGCAAGUCAGAUCCGUGCUGUCAAGCUAAUUGUACGUUGCGCCCCGCGGCUGUUUGUGCCUUUGGACUGUGCUGUGCUAACUGCCAGUAUCGCCAACGUGGAACUGUUUGCAGAGAGAAGAUUAGCAGUUGUGAUCUCCCUGAAUAUUGCAAUGGGACUUCAGAGCACUGCCCAGAAGAUGUGCAUGUGCAAGAUGGUGCCGUGUGCAAUGAUGGCGUGUAUUGUUAUCAUGGAAACUGCACAACUCAUGAUAUGCAGUGCAAAAUAAUAUUCGGUAGUGAAGCAAGAGUCGCUUCUGAAGUUUGCUUCAGAGAAGUGAAUAAUAAAGGUGAUCGCUUUGGCAACUGCGGCCUUAAACAUGGAAAAUACAAGAAAUGCAAUACUGGAGAUAGCCUGUGUGGCCGUAUCCAGUGUAAAAGUGAAGAAAUUCCUUCUUUGGAGGAUCACACUACAAUAAUUCAUACUUCCAUUGAAAAUGAUAAUUGCUUCGGCACUGACUAUCACACUGGGAUGAAAGUAAAUGAUAUUGGAGCCGUGAGAGAUGGGACUCCUUGUGGCGAUAACAUGUUGUGCAUUGAGGGUAGUUGUGUCAAUGUGUCCAUUCUGAAAUAUGACUGUAAUGUCACAAUGUGCCACAAUCAGGGAGUUUGUAACACUCUCAAACACUGUCACUGUGAUACUGGAUGGGCCCCUCCAGACUGCACAAAUAAAGGCUAUGGAGGUAGCAUCGACAGUGGGCCACCUCCAGUUACAUUUCUGUCUAAAGCUAAUAUGAAAACCUCAGCUGUAGCUGCAAUACUCUCUGCUUUUUGUCUCACAAAUGUUUGUGCUGGCCUGGUUAUUUGGUUCAAGGAUAGACUAAGAAGCCAAUCUGGAAAAUUUCAGGAAGGAGUCCAUGCUACGAAAUCAAACGAUGAAGGAACACUCACGGUUGCUUAG